AUGAUUUUUCUGUUUCUCCUCUUCAUUCCAAGUUUCAUUUGUCACGAUGGUUCAGGUGAAUCUCGAGAAGUUAAAGCGGAUUGGUCAGAAACAAUCGAAAAACUUGUGGAAUAUCAAAAUGAGUUGAGAAGUUUUGUGGCACAAAAUGGGAUUCAGAAAUUCACGGCGGCGAAUAUGAAUAAAUUGGUGAGUUGUGAAAACUUAUGCAUCAAUGGUUUAAAUUUGGAAAAAAGUUUGUAUAUGUUACAAAAGUUCAAAAGACUUUUGUAUAUUUCGGAUUAGAUUUGAAGAGAAAAUGAAGAUAAUUUUUAAAAUUUUAGAAAAUCGGACUCGAAGUUACUUUUGUUUUUGAAAUUUAAAUUUUUAAAAACAUGAAACAUUAAAAACGAUUGAUCUGUUUCAGGUGCACGUGCCUACCCUAGCCUACUUUGCCAAAUCAAUCGCAAAAACCCAUCCAAAAUUCACCACUCCCGAACAUCGUGCAAAAGGUAUACUAGUUCAUUACUCACCCGGAUUCGUCACCAAUUUGCGUGUUCUGUCAAAAGAUAUUUGGCGCGAAAAACUCUCCCAAAUCACUGCGAUAUCUGACUGGACACCUGAUAGAUAUUCCAAAUAUAUGUUUGAUGUGGCUGCCGAUGCGAUUCAAAUUCUGUGGGCGACAGCAAGGAAAAUCGGAUGCGCCGGCGAAUAUUGGCGUGAUGAAGAGGGUGAAAAGCACACGGUUCUGGUGUGCAAAUACAAUGAAGUUGCGCGGGUUGAGCAGGAAAUCUAUGAAAUUGGCCCGAAAUGUUCGCAAUGUUCAAAUGAUCUUGGAAUGGAAUGUGAGAGAAGCAGUGGACUUUGUGUUGAAAUAUCACUGGAUGAUUAUGAGGAGAUAUAUGAUGAAUACAAUGUUGAUCAGUUGAAUGCGAAAUUUAAUUGGGAUGAAGUUGGAAGAGAUGUUGUAGCGGUGCAUAAUCGAUUGAGAAGUGAACUUGUUUUUGGGAGUUUUAGAGGGGAAAAUGCGUCGAAUAUGAAUGAGUUGGUGAGUUUUGUCCACGUCAUAAUAACCUAGGGGCGAGUUCACAUAUCCUAACUAGGAUACCCUAAAACAGCCCUAAGGUGAGCCUAAGCCUGAGACACGCCUUUUUUUAAAGACAUACGACACUGAUCUAGCUAAUGUUGCUCUUAGGAUAAUCAGGAAAUAUAAACCAACAUCGAACGAUGAAGUAUAUCGUCAAUUAGGCAUUCUCGUCUUCCAUUACUCAAAAUUUAUCCAAAACCGAAAUUUCUUCAUCAAAUAUAUUUGGGACAAAACAAUCCGAUAUCUAAACAGACUUCCCAACAACUUCAGACCAUCUAAAGCUUUGUCAAGAAGAACGAACAAAAUCGCGGGCGAUGCUUUACAAAUCAUCUGGGCAAAUGCAACACAUUUGGGAUGUGCUGGUCAAUUUAUGAUUGAUGAAAAUUGGAAGGAAAUGGGAAGAAAAAAACAUGGCGAGAACACCUAUUUUUUGUGUAUUUGGAAUGAGGCGAGAACUGUUGGUGAAUCGGUUUAUGAAGCUGGACAGGCUUGUGACAAUUGUGCUAGGGAUAGAAUGAGAUGUAGUGCAAAUGGAUCUGGAUUAUGUAGUGAAGAAUAUGAUGAAAAUGAAGAUAGUGAUGAAAAUAUUGAUUAUGAAGAAGAUGAAUAUGAUGAUGAGUAUAUUGACUGA